CUGCAUCGUAUAUACUUCAGACUUCGCGGGAUCUUCGGGUUCACCACCAGUCGGCCGUCGACUACUGCCGCGAGUGGUUGCUGUGUUCGAUUUGGCGUCGCGAGCCGCUGUCACGUGAACGAAUGCGCCUUCUUCCCGGUCGUUCGCGAUUCAAAGUCGACCCGAAUUUAUUUCUCACAAUUCGUGCGAAUGUAAACCGCGUGAAAUCGCAACUCUGUGCGCGAGCAAAAUAAAAUGUGAAUGUCGUCGUUGUUAAAAAUGCUGCUGCGUAUCGCGGUGCUCAUCCUCACGGCAACAUCGGGCCCGGCUUGGGGAUGGGGCAUCGGUCACGGGCAUCAAGGAACCGGGGCGAAAUGCGAGAGACUCGCCGUGUCCUUUUGCCGCGGACUGCGUUACAAUUCGACGGCGAUGCCGAACUUCAUGGGCCACGAGGAUCAGCGGCAAGCCGAGCGAGGGUUGACGGCUUUCAUGCCGCUGGUUCACUACAACUGUUCGCGGCAUCUCAGGCUCUUCCUGUGCUCGGUCUUCGCGCCGGUCUGCUCGGAACAUGUGCAGAUACCAGCCUGCAAAUCUCUCUGUCUGUCCGUGCGAAGAGACUGCGAGCCGGCAUUGACCAGUCUAACACUGCCGUGGCCUCACAUGCUGGACUGCGAUCGCUUCCUCGAUCGUGGAAACACAUUGUGCGUGCAACCGCCGGAUGAAAUACUGCUGGUGGACGACACGAGUCCACCGACGAUCGUUCAGCAGCAGCAAUGGUCAACGAAACACGAUCAGCCGCUGCAUCAGACCUUCACGCGAAUACAGCAGCAGCAGGAGCAGCAUCAUCAUCAGUGCCCGCCUCAUUUCGUACAGAUACCCGACGGGGAAACGAUUUCUUGCGCACCACGUUGCGGCGCCGACGCGUAUUAUCGCGCUGAAGACAAGAAAUUCGCCGAGCGCUGGAUGACCGGUUGGGCUUGGCUGUGUUUUUUAUCGACGCUAUUCACCCUGCUGACCUUCUGGGUCGAACCGUCCAGAUUUCGGUAUCCCGAGAGACCGAUAGUGUUUCUGGCGCUCUGCUACAGUCUUUUAUCUGUGGCUUACAUCGUCCGGGGCGCGAUUGGCGCUGAGAAUCUCAGCUGCGCCAGCCAAAUCGACGGACCGGAUUACGUUCCUGUCAACGAUGUUUUGAAGAGCAUUCCUUGUACAAUUUGGUGGUUGAUCACAUAUUACCUGAGACUAGCUAGUAACACAUGGUGGACGGUGUUGUGCGGUUGUUGGCUGCUGAGCGCCAGAAACGAGUGGAGCAGCGAGGCUCUUCACAACAUCGCGUCCUACUUCCACGCAACCGCAUGGAUUCUUCCGAUAUUCUUUACAGGAGGAAGCCUGCUAUCGCACAGUGUAGUGGCGGAUGAACUAACCGGGUUGUGCCAGAUCUCGGACAAAUCGGCAUUGUGGCUCGAAGUGUUGCCGCACGCCGUGUUGCUGCUGCUCGGCUGUGCGUUCGGCACUUUUGCCGGAAGUGCGCUGGUACGUGUGCGAAGAGUUGUGCGCUGUGCCGGACGCAGCGCGACCAAAUUGGAGCGUUUGAUGACGCGGUUGAGCAUUUUCGCGUUGCUAUACGCACUUCCUGCGCUGGGCGGUCUCGUCUGCGUGCUGCACGAAGCCUCGGUGAGACCUAGGUGGCAAAAACUGGCGCUGCUCGCAGCGCUGGAUUGCCGCGAGGCCCAGAACUGCACCCCGGGCCCGGUUUACCGGGCCGCCGGUCUCGAGGUCGCACUGCUCAGACUCUUUCUCUUCCUCGCGGUCGGCGUUACCUCCAGUAUGUGGGUGUGGUCCGGCAAGACUUACCGAGCUUGGAGCAGACUGUUGGCUGCGCCCACCAAACCCGCCAGAACGCUAAAUCCCUUUCAGGAUAUCAAGCAGGACAGUAAUAACGUCGAUUAAGGAUUUUGAGACUGAAUUUGUUUUUAAGCGAAGUCCAGAACGGAUGUAAUUUUACAAAAAAAAUAUUAAAAAGUGGAAUAGAGAAUGGUAGGGUUGUACAUAUUAAGUUUUUCUAUAUUGAGAGAAUCCGAUACAUCAGUUUUCUAAGAUGGAAUAAUUUGCGAAAACAAAAAGAAAUAGGAACGUCUGAUAUUGUGAUCUCUAUUGAAUUAUGUUAUGACGUGCGAAACAAUAAGUGUUACAAAGACAAACUAUUUUUGUAAAUAUGUAUGGAUGUAUAUGUGUAAAAAGAGAUGUACGCAUGCGUAUACUUGAGAUAUAUCUUAUAUUUGUGCGAUUGUAAGAAUUUUUACUUGAACAGAACUUUUUAUCAAUAAAGACAUAUUUCUUCAGUUG